AUGUACUGUAUGUCCUCCAGCUGGAGCGCCACCGAAUAAAAGGGGCUGUGAUUUUCAUUCACAGGUAGCCUCAUACCGGAGGGGACUCUCUCUCUCUAAAUUCUCUCGUCCUCGAAUCUCGCUCGAUCGAGCUCUCCACUCCAAGCUAUAAGUCCAGCCGAAAUGGCCAACGCUGCAUCUGGGAUGGCUGUGCACGAUGACUGCAAAUUAAGGUUUCUGGAGCUGAAGGCAAAAAGAACUUACCGUUUCAUAGUUUUCAAGAUUGAGGAGAAGCAGAAGCAAGUUGUUGUGGAAAAGGUUGGUGAACCAACCCAAAGCUACGAGGACUUCGCUGCUAGUCUUCCUGCUGAUGAAUGUCGCUACGCGGUCUAUGAUUUUGACUUUGUGACACCGGAGAAUUGCCAGAAAAGCAGAAUUUUCUUUAUAGCAUGGUCACCUGAUACAUCAAGAGUGAGAAGCAAAAUGAUUUAUGCUAGCUCUAAGGACAGGUUCAAGAGAGAACUUGAUGGAAUUCAAGUAGAGUUGCAGGCAACUGAUCCAACUGAGAUGUGUCUUGAUGUCAUUAGAAGCCGGGCGACCUGAAUAUGAAUUAUAAGCGUUGCAAUGGAGAGCUCCUCCAUACGGUCUUCCUUACUUGAGAGCGGGACAUCUAUAGUUUAUGGGAUGGUGAACUUGGCUAGACGUGGUAUUGGUACAAGUGUCACCAUGGUGCCGUAUUUAUUUGAACAGCAUUUGUGGUUUGCAGUAUAUUAUGUUGAUUUGUUAUUCGUAGAACUCGUUGUUGCCUCACUUGUAGAGCCCAUCUACAAGCUAAAUAUGUAACAGUUUGUUGGGGUAGCUUGUCACCUUUGAUCCGGUUUAAAGAUUUAAAAGGAUAACUGACCCCUGUUGUUUUC